GGGGGGAGGAAUGGGAAUCCGCCGCUGCCCGGGUUGCGGAGCGGGUGUCGCUCCGGAUUUUGCACGGCUCCGGCUUUACUGCAGAGGUUUCUGAGCUCCCAGCCCUGCUGUGCAACGGAGGUGUCAUGAAAAGGGGAAGUGCUGAGGCCCUGCGAGAUGAGCCUGUCCCCUGGCCCCCCCGCUGCUAGGAUGCUCUUUGUGUUGGCUCUGGCCUGCGCCAGCCCCUUCCUGGAUCUGCGCCCUGACGGGCCGCGCUCCCUCAACGUGGCCAUCAUCUUCAGCGGCUCGUCCUACACUCCCGAGAGCACCCGCUUUGCGCCCACUGCCUUCCGCAACUUCUCAAUGGAGGUGAACCCCGUCUCGGUGCUGCUCAAUGACACCAACCCCCGCAGCCUCAUCGUGCGCCUAUGUGACGUUCUCUCCUCCCUGCGCAUCCAUGGCGUGGUCUUCGAGGAUGACACCCGCACCGAGGCUGUGGCUCAGAUCCUGGACUUCAUCUCAGCUCAGACCUCAGUGCCCAUCAUCGGCAUCAAUGGCGGCUCGGCCAUCGUGCUCACACCGAAGGAGAAAGGCUCCACCUUCCUGCAGCUCGGCUCAUCAACGGAGCAGCAGCUACAGGUGAUGUUCGAGGUGCUGGAGGAGUAUGACUGGACGGCCUACGAGUGCUUCGUGGACUAUAUCGAGGUGCUGACCGACAGCAGCUUCAUUGGCUGGGAGCACCGGGGCGUCCUGACCCUCAACCUGACUGAUGACCCGGAUGGCUCCCGGCUCAAGCGCCAGCUACGGGAGAUCCCUGCCCAGAUCCGCCUGCUCUACUGCUCCCGGGAGGAAGCGGAGGCUGUCUUCCGGGCAGCGCGGGACGCCGGCCUCACUGGGCCGGGCUAUAUUUGGUUCAUGGUGGGCAGUCAGCUGGCUGGAGCUACGGGAGAUCCCUGCCCAGAUCCGCCUGCUCUACUGCUCCCGGGAGGAAGCGACCUGCCUGUUGGCCUCUUCACGGUGCUGUCAGCUGGCUGGCGGGACGAUCUGCACCAUCGUGUCCAGAAUGGGGUGGCCAUCAUUGCCAAGGGUGCCGAAGCCCUCGCCAGGGACUACGGCUUCAUUCCGGAGUUCAACAAUGACUGCCGGGCGCCCAACCUCAGCCAGAUCCACGAGAAUCUCCACCGGUACUUCAUGAACAUUACCUGGGGGCAAAAGGAUUUCUCCUUCAACGCCGAUGGCUACCUCAUCAACCCCUCGCUGGUCGUCAUUUCCCUCAACAAGGAGCGCAUCUGGGAGGUGGUGAGUACCUGGCCUCAGCAGUGCUCCCAGUGUUGCAGUCUUCCUAGAGAAGUGCCUCAGUGCUACAAGCAUCCCUGCGGCAGUGCCCCAGAUGCAGACUCUGCUGCUGUGAGUUUCCCCCCAACAGCUGCCCUCUGCGUCCACCCCCACGCCUGUUUCUCUCUCCUGCGCAGCCACCCCACAGACCCGCUGCUCUUCGAGAAGAAAUGCUGCAAAGGGUUCUGCAUUGACAUCCUCAAGCGCCUGGCUAAGACCGUCGGCUUCACCUACGACCUCUACCUGGUCACCAAUGGCAAGCACGGCAAGAAGAUCGACGGGGUCUGGAAUGGCAUGAUCGGGGAGGUGUUUUACCUGCGCGCCGACAUGGCCAUCGGCUCCCUGACCAUCAACGAGGAACGCUCCGAGAUCAUCGACUUCUCCGUGCCCUUUGUGGAGACGGGCAUCAGCGUCAUGGUCUCACGGAGCAACGGGACCGUCUCACCCUCUGCCUUCCUGGAGCCUUACAGCCCAGCUGUCUGGGUAAUGAUGUUCGUCAUGUGCCUGACCGUGGUGGCCGUCACUGUCUUCAUCUUCGAGUACUUCAGCCCUGUGGGUUAUAACCGCAGCCUGGCUGCGGGGAAGCGCACGGGGGGUUCCAAGUUCACCAUCGGCAAGUCCAUCUGGCUGCUCUGGGCUCUGGUCUUCAACAACUCGGUGCCGGUGGAGAACCCCAAGGGCACCACCAGCAAGAUCAUGGUGCUGAUCUGGGCCUUCUUCGCCGUCAUCUUCCUGGCCAGCUACACGGCCAACCUGGCCGCCUUCAUGAUCCAGGAGGAGUACGUGGACACGGUGUCAGGGCUGAGCGACCGCAAGUUCCAGAAGCCCCAGGACCAGUACCCACCACUCAAGUUCGGCACAGUGCCCAACGGCAGCACGGAGAAGAACAUUCGCAGCAACUACCCCGACAUGCACAGCUACAUGGUGAAGUACAACCAGCGCAGCGUGGAGGACGCGCUGCAGCACCUCAAGUCGGGGAAGCUGGACGCCUUCAUCUACGACGCGGCCGUGCUGAACUACAUGGCGCGCAAGGACGAGGGCUGCAAGCUGGUGACCAUCGGCAGCGGGAAGGUCUUUGCCACCACUGGCUACGGCAUCGCCCUGCAGAAGGGCUCCCGCUGGAAGCGCCCCAUCGACCUGGCCCUGCUGCAGUUCCUGGGCGAUGGUACGAGCCGACGGACCCCUGAGUUCCAUGGCAUGUACAGCUGCUGCAACAGUGAGGACCCCCAGGCGAAGGACCAUCAGCAGCUGCCCAUCCUCAACCACAGCUACCCCCCACAGCGUGGGGGGCCCACAGCUUUGCCCAGCCCCCCUGCCCCACCCCUGCCCUGCAGCAGCUUCCUGCCCCGGGACCGGCGCACUGGGCGGCGCUGGGCCGCCUCAGAGCCCCUCAAAGCCCCGCCCCAGCGCCACGGCCUCCAGAACACCUUUGCCGACGGCUUCCAUCGCUUCUACGGCCCCAUCGAGCCGGAGGGACUGUCAGACCACCAAGAAGCUGGGACCGUGCCAGCUCUCCUCGCCCCCCCGGGGCCUGGAGAACCCCCCGUCCUACUUCGCCAUUGUGCGGGAGAAGGAGGGCCCCGACCCAGGCCCCUCGGCCUGGCAGAGGAAGUCGCUGCGGGGACUGUACGAAAGUUUCCAGGCGAGCAAGGCCGGGAGCCGGACACCGGAGGCUAA